CCCUCCCUGCCCCAUGGCUUCUCCGGACCACCCUGUGCGCGCAGAUCAUAUGGCAAAGGAGCCAGUGGAAGACACAGACCCCAGCACUUUAUCCUUUAACAUGCCAGACAAAUAUCCCAUUCAGGAUACGGGACUCCCUAAAGCUGAGGACUGUGAUCCAAUUACUUUGAACUGCCCAACAAAUUCUGAGGUGCAUCACCAGGGAGAAGAAAAUGGCUUUCCAGACAGUACUGGAGAUCCCCUUUCAGACCUAAGCAAAGAUGAGUCCUGCAAGGAGAACUGUACUUGUUCCUCCUGUGUGCUCCGGGCCCCGACCAUAAGUGACUUACUCAAUGAUCAGGACUUGCUUGAUGUCAUCAGGAUAAAGCUGGAUCCAUGUCACCCAACAAUAAAAAACUGGAGGAAUUUUGCAAGUAAAUGGGGCAUGCCCUAUGAUGAACUGUGUUUCCUGGAGCAGCGGCCUCAGAGCCCUACCUUGGAGUUCCUGCUCCGGAACAGCCAGAGGCCAGUGGGCCAGCUGAUGGAGCUCUGCAGGCUCUACCACAGGGCCGACGUGGAGAAGGUCCUGCACAGGUGGGUGGAUGAGGAGUGGCCCAAGAGGGGUCGUGGAGACCACCCCAGGAACUUCUAG